AUAAAUAAAUGCGACUCGUUCACCAUGUGCUCAUCAUAAGUCCUUAAAUCAUGGACAUCUAUCAGCCCAUCACUUGACUACUCCUACAGUUACUUCUCCUCUUUACUGUCUGUACUUCAAAACCCACGUCACUCUCUUCCACUUCUCUUUCGACCCAUUUGAUUUCUCUUAGUUCUAGUUCUCCUAUGAUGAAGAGGCACAACAGAAGCUCUAAUGGCGUUGUGGAUGCUUCAGAUCCUCCUGGAAGCAAUGACCUUGAGUCUCGUGUUGUUGAAGAUGGAGGGUUUAGACAUGGGCUUAAUCCACUCAGAUUCGUGGGUGUUUUUGUUAUUUGCUUGAUGGGCUUUUCUGUUUUUUUCUCUUUUUCUUUGAUCUUGAAGGACUCUAGUACUCAUGCUCUCUGGGCUGUUGCUGAAGCUACAAGAACCCUUGAUGACUUCAAUCCUCAGCAGAACACUGUUACCAGCCUGGAAAGUGAUUCCUCCCACUUGUUUGAGGUGUGGAAUGAUGAAGUGCUUGGGGGCCUUCUUCCUGGUGGGUUCGAUGCAAAAUCUUGUCUCAGUAGGCACCAUUCCGGAUCUUAUCGUAAAGAAUCACAAUACAAGCCUUCUUCUUACCUUCUAUCCAGGUUACGAAGCUAUGAAUCCCAUCUCAAACGAUGUGGACCCUAUACGAUGUCAUACAACAUAACAGUGGACAAACUCAAGGCUGGACAACAGCCAAAUCCCUCCGAGUCUGACUGUAAGUAUGUGGUUUGGAUAUCUUAUAGUGGUUUAGGGAACAGGAUUUUAACCUUAGCUUCAGCAUUUCUUUAUGCUCUUUUGACAAACCGAGUUCUUCUUGUUGACCGUGGAACUGAUAUGGCUGAUCUCUUCUGUGAGCCUUUUCCUGAAAUGUCAUGGUUUCUUCCAUUAGAUUUUCCAAUCAGUAAUCAGUUCAACAAGUUUGACCAACGUUCUCCUCAUAGUUACGGAAAUAUAUUGAAGAAUGCCACAUUAGAGAAAUCAGAUACCCCUUUUCUUUAUCUCCAUCUAGCCCAUGAUUACGGUGACCAUGAUAAGCUAUUCUUUUGUGAGCAAGAUCAAGCUGCUUUUCAGAAUAUAAACUGGCUAAUUAUAAAAACAGAUAAUUACUUUAUUCCCUCUCUCUUCUUGAUACCCUCAUUUGAGCAAGAACUAAGUAGUCUCUUUCCAGAGAAAGAAACUGUUUUCCACUUCUUAGGCCGGUAUCUCUUCUACCCCACGAAUUCCAUCUGGGGCCUUAUCACUAGGUUCUAUGAAGCAUAUUUGGCAAAAGCAGAUGAAAGAAUUGGUAUCCAAAUUAGAGUCUUUGAUACCGGAGUUGGGCCUUUUCAACAUGUACUAGAUCAAAUAUUAGCUUGUGCAAUGAAGGAAAAUCUGCUACCAGAAGUUGAUGAAAACAAUCAGAUCAUAGUCCCGUCUACCAAUCAGAAGACAAAAGCUGUACUCAUGACAUCGUUAAGCUCUGGUUACUUAGAUAAAGUAAGAGACAUUUAUUGGGAGCAUCCAACUGUAACGGGUGAAAUAAUUGGAGUUUAUCAGCCUAGUCACGAAGAGUAUCAACAAACUGAGAAGAAGAUGCAGAACAAGAAGGCAUGGGCAGAAAUGUAUCUGCUGAGUUUGACUGAUAAGCUGGUUACAAGUUCGUGGUCAACUUUUGGAUAUGUAGCUCAAGGACUAGGAGGGUUGAAACCAUGGAUUCUCUAUAAGCCAGAAAAUGCAACUGCCCCUGAUCCACCUUGUCGAAGAGCCAUGUCUAUGGAACCUUGUUUUCAUGCCCCUCCAUUCUACGACUGUAAGAAGAAAACCGGAAUUGACACAGGUGCUGUCGUUCCUCAUGUGAGGCAUUGUGAGGACAUGAGCUGGGGACUCAAGCUAGUUGAUCAUGUCAGUGACUUGUAGGCAUCUCCUAUAUGUUGUAAACUAUAUUCAUUGUAUAAUUUUAUGGUACGCCGACUAGCCAGCAAUUUUUGCCCCUUUGUAUGUCAUAUUUGUUUGUAGUGCGAAUUAGUGAGAGUAGCUGCUGUUUGCAUCUUGGUGAGUAAGAUCAUCGGCAUUGGCAAUAUUAUAUUUUGAAGCUGAAAGUUCAGUCAUAUAAUUACUUGGACUUUCAUUGUAGAAAAGCUUCUUGUUCUUGAUUCCUAAUAUCAAUCAGAUUGUGCUUGGAACAA